AUGAGCUCUGCUCAGCAGGUUUACUUGCUUCCACUCCAGGAUGAUGGUUCCCCGGGUGUGCCGGGAGGAUAUAUUUACCUUCCUGCUCCAACGAAGCCCUCGUAUUUGCUGCGAUUCGUGAUCGAGGGUACAAGCUCGAUAUGUCGACAGGGGAGCUUGUGGGUUAAUAUUCCCGAAGAAGGAAGCGAAUUUUCUCGCACGGGGUUCAGAGAAUUCAAGCUUCAGCCUGACUUCAAUAAGAACAUCCAAAUCGACAUACCUAUCCACUCUGCAGGCUCAUUUGCCUUCUAUACGACAUACUCACCCCUCCCUGAGUUUUCCGUGUCUCCAGCUCCCUCACCGGAGCCGACUCGGACGCCGGUACACUAUAUCGACGUCUGUCCCCGGUUGACCCUACAGGACAAAUGUAUCCCAUUGAAUGCUGUUUCGAUCUUUUCUGUUAUCUCGAAAUUCAUGGGGAAGUAUCCCACGGACUGGGAUGAUCAUCUCAAAGGAAUCAGUCAACGCGGGUACAACAUGGUCCAUUUCACUCCGCUCAUGGAGCGUGGCGACUCGAAUUCCCCGUACAGUAUCUUUGACCAGUUGUCAUUCGACCCGCAGUCCUUUCCAGAUGGAGAGACUGACAUCUCCACGAUGACCACCAAGAUGGAAAACGAAUACGGGCUUUUAGCGAUGACAGAUGUGGUCUGGAACCACACUGCCAACAACAGCAAGUGGCUUGAGGACCAUCCGGAAGCAGGAUACAGCGUAGAAACUGCUCCGUGGCUGGAAGCUGCGUUGGAAUUGGAUACCGGGUUAUUGAAAUUCAGCGAGGAACUUGCUUCGCUACAGCUACCCACUGAAUUCAAGUCCGUCGAUGACCUGGUCAACGUGAUGAAUUCUCUACGGAAACAUGUCAUUGAUGGCAUGCGGCUGUGGGAGUAUUAUGUCCUUGAUGUCGAAGCCAACACAGAUAAGAUCAUCGACGCAUGGAAGCAGGGCAAGGCCGGAGUGCGCCUCGAUGGCUUGGAGAGCAUCAAGAGCCAGAGUUUGAAGCAACAAGCAGAGUUGUUCCGGGGCAAAGCGAUACACAACGCUGAAAAGAUCCUCGGCCGAUUCAGCCGUACGGUCGAUGUCGAAGUAGGAGCAACCAUUUUGACAGCUCUCUUCGGGUCACCUCAAGAUGCUGGUUCUGAUGUCUCUUCGAUUGCAAAAUCACUGCGAAGCAUUCUUGACGAAGUGAACCUCCCAUUCUACAAGGAAUAUGAUGGCGACGUAUCCGAAAUCAUGGAGCAGAUAUUCAAUCGUGUCAAAUAUCUGCGGAUUGACGAUCACGGCCCGAAGCUGGGUCCUAUUACGAAAGAGAGUCCUCUCGUUGAAACAUACUUUACGCGGUUACCCUUGAACGAGACAACGAAGAAGCACAGCCCAAAGGCUCUGGCUCUGGUGAAUAAUGGAUGGAUUUGGAAUGCCGAUGCUCUUCGAGACAAUGCUGGACCCGAUUCCAGAGCAUACCUCCGUCGAGAAGUGAUCGUCUGGGGUGACUGUGUCAAACUUAGAUACGGUUCCAAGCCAGAUGACAAUCCAUUCCUAUGGGACUUUAUGACCAGGUAUACUCGUCUCAUGGCCCGGUAUUUUGCAGCCUUUCGAAUUGACAACUGCCAUUCUACCCCUCUUGUUGUCGCUGAAUAUCUGUUGGAUGAAGCGCGCAAGGUGCGACCUAACCUUGCUGUUUUUGCCGAGUUGUUUACAGGUUCCGAGGAAACAGACUAUGUUUUUGUCAAGCGUCUGGGGCUGAGCGCACUCAUUCGCGAGGCCAUGCAGGCCUGGAGCACUGGUGAGCUGAGUCGGCUGGUUCACCGUCACGGUGGCCAACCCAUCGGGAGUUUCGACCUCGAUUUGCCUACGGCAGGAAGUAGUCAUGCUAUUGUGUCUGCAUCUGCUGGGACACCUAACGAGAAGAUAUCUCACAUUCGCCAAAGCCCUGUUCAGGCGUUGUUUAUGGACUGCACUCAUGACAACGAGCUUCCUGCUCAGAAACGAGACGCAAGAGACACCUUGCCAAAUGCUGCUCUGGUAGCAAUGUGCGCUUCUUCGAUAGGAAGUGUGAUGGGUUACGACGAGAUAUACCCUAAGCUUGUGGAUCUUGUGCACGAAACGCGUCUCUACGCUUCACCAUAUUCUGGCUCUACUGAUCUUCAAAUUGGAGCGGGCGAAGGAGGGAUCGGAGGUGUCAAGAAGCUUCUUAACCAACUUCACACCAUGAUGGGUGUUGAGGGAUACGACGAGACUCACAUCCACCACGAUGGAGAGUUCAUCACUGUACAUCGGGUCCACCCCAGAACGAGGAAGGGGAUUUUUCUCAUCGCACACACAGCCUUCCCAGGAAAUGGACCCCAGAACUCUCUGCCUCCUACGCAUCUCACAGGUACCAAAGCCAAGCAUAUCGGUUCCUGGCUGCUAGAGGUGGAAGCAGAUGAUGAUUCGAAGAACCAGGUCCUCUCUGACAAGAGCAAAUUGAGGGGCCUUCCAAGCCGUGUACAUGAGUUUGAUGGUGUCAAGAUUGAAGAAAAUGGCGUUGAUAGCUCUAUCUAUGUGCUGGAAGGAUUCGUUCCAGGGGCUAUCGCAUUGUUUGAAACACGGAUUCCUGGCGCCGAACACGCUUCUGGCUUCGAGAGUCAUAUCACCGAUGGUGCAAACGAGGCCUUCUCCAAUCUCAGUCUGAUCGACCUCAACUUUGUGCUUUACCGCUGCGAUGCAGAGGAAAGAGAUUCAAGUGGUGGCCGGGAUGGUGUCUACAGCAUUCCUGGCCACGGUGCUCUCGUUUACGCAGGCCUGCAGGGCUGGUGGAGUGUACUGGAGGGGAUUGUCAAGUACAACAACCUCGGCCACCCACUGUGCGACCAUCUACGACAAGGUCAGUGGGCGCUGGAUUACAUUGUUGCACGCAUGGAGAAUGUCGCCCAGAAUGAAGGAUAUGUAGGGUUGGAGAAACCUGCGGCUUGGCUACGGGAAAGAUUUGAAGCCAUCCGCCGUGUUCCCAGCUUUCUUCUACCCCGAUAUUUUGCAAUGGUCAUCCAAACCGCCUACAAUGCGGCUUGGCAGCGAGGUAUCCAACUAAUGGGCAAGAACGUUCAAUAUGGCCAGGAAUUCAUCCAUCAGCUGGCAAUGGUUAGUGUACAACAAACUGGAUUUGUCAACUCAGCCUCUUUAUGGCCAAACAAGAACGUCCCCAGUCUUGCUGCUGGUCUGCCACAUUUCUCAACAAGUUGGGCAAGAUGCUGGGGCCGUGAUGUAUUCAUCUCCCUUCGUGGCCUAUUCCUUUGCACGGGUCGUUUCGACCUAGCCAAGGAGCACAUAUUCGCGUUUGCUAGCGUGCUGAAACAUGGAAUGAUACCAAACCUGCUGAGCAGUGGAAGAGCACCACGCUACAACUCUCGGGAUUCCAUUUGGUUUCUCCUUCAGUCUAUACAGGACUACACCAAGAUGGUGCCAAAUGGCAACGAGAUUCUGAAGGACGUCGUCCCACGAAGAUUUUUGCCUUACGAUGACACUUGGUUCCCUCACGACGAUCCUCGAGCGUAUUCUCAGCAUUCAACCAUUGUGGAGAUAAUUCAAGAAGUCUUCGAAAGACAUGCGCAGGGACUCUCGUUUAGGGAGUAUAACGCCGGUCCUGAGCUAGACAUGCAGAUGAAAUCUGAAGGCUUCCAGAUCGAUAUACACGUCGACUGGGAUACGGGGAUCAUCUUCGGUGGAAGCCAGCAUAACUGCGGCACCUGGCAGGACAAGAUGGGCGAGAGUGAAAAGGCCGGCAACAAGGGUGUCCCUGGAACUCCAAGAGAUGGGGCAGCCAUUGAGAUUACCGGUCUCAUUUACAGCGCCUUGAAAUGGGUGGCAGAGCUGCAUCAAUCUGGAUUAUAUCCGAAUCAAGGAGUUUUGGGUCGGGACGGACAAUUAAUCACGUUCGGAGAGUGGGCACAGAAGAUCAAAGAUAACUUUGAGCGUUGUUACUUUGUUCCUGAAGAUCCGAGCCAGGACAACGACUACGAUGUUGACUCUGGUAUCGUCAAUCGCCGCGGUAUCUACAAGGACUUGUAUCGGUCUGGCAAGCCCUUUGAGGACUAUCAGCUCCGUGCCAACUUCCCGAUCGCAAUGACUGUUGCCCCGGACCUUUUCACUCCCUCCAAAGCUCUGACUGCCCUUGCGAUCGCGGAUUCCGCGAUCCUAGGACCCAUUGGGAUCGCUACCCUGGAUCCAUCAGACCUCAAUUACCGACCCAACUACCAUAAUUCUGAAGAUUCUACCGACUUUGCCACCUCCAAGGGCAGGAACUACCACCAGGGACCCGAGUGGGUUUGGCAACGGGGAUUCUUCCUCCGGGCAUUCUUGCACUUCGAUCUACUCCGUCGAGAGACUCCCGAAGCUCGAACUGAAUCCUUCCAGCAAGUAACCAGAAGAUUGGAAGGCUGCAAGCGCGCGUUGAGGGAAAGCCCCUGGAAGGGUCUAACUGAGCUGACCAACCAAAACGGCGCUCUUUGCAGCGACUCGUCACCUACGCAAGCUUGGUCUGCAGGCUGUCUUCUGGACCUCUACUACGAUGCGUCGAAACUGACAGCUGAAGCUGGGUUGGGCAACACUUGGCGCCGGGAUCGGGAUCUGCAAACCGCCAUCAUCGUGCAGGACGCAAACAUCAAAUGCUGGGAGCGCUCUCUGUUCCCCUCGCCGUGUAAAGACUAUUUGACGUCACUUGAUUGUUCGACGUACCUCCGCGAUCGCCCGGACGUUGUACAAGGGAAGAGCAAGUGUUCCGCCAUGUCUCUGCCAGUCUCGGUCGCGACAGCUCUGCUGAGCGAGGCGACGAUCGUCAUGUUUGACAACAGUUCCGACCCUAUCCACGAGCCAUGGACAGACCAAACAAAGAGCCAGCGCGAUCUCUACACACAGCUGGUAAUCAGCUCGACAAUCGGGAUGGGCGCGUUUCUAUCGUUCUGUCUUCUACGUCCCAAAUGGCGAGAUCUCUAUGCGGCGAGACGAAGGAAACGUAACGCUGCGUCUCAUUUACCCGAGCUGCCGGAUAGCUUCUUUGGUUGGAUUCCGGCUCUAUAUCGGAUCACGGAGGAGCAGGUGCUGGAAUCGGCCGGUUUAGAUGCAUAUGUUUUUCUUUCCUUCCUCCAAUUUGCGAUUCGAUUUCUCUCUGCUAUUUUCGUCUUCGCCGUUGCGAUCAUCCUCCCAAUCCAUUACAGCUACACAGGCCACUCGGGGAUUCCAGGCUGGGACGACGAUGACAAUACCGAUGCCGAUGACGACGGGAAGGGAAAAAAGAAGGUGGUAACAGAUCCGACAUAUCUGUGGAUGUACGUGGUGUUUGCAUACGUCUUCACCGCGCUUGGAGUGUACCUGCUUCACCAGCAGACGAAGAGAAUUAUCCACACGCGACAAACGUAUCUUGGCAGUCAAACCAGCACCACGGAUCGCACCAUUCGGCUCGCUGGGAUCCCACCCGAUAUGAGGUCUGAAGAAAAGGUAAAGGACUUCUUGGAAGGGCUGAAAAUCGGCAAGGUGGAGAGCGUGACCUUGUGUUGCGAUUGGAGGGAGCUUGACCUGUUGAUCGAUGAGCGGUGGAAGAUCCUGAAGCGUCUAGAACAGGCAUGGACGAAAUAUCUCGGAUAUAAACGACCAAAAGGAGGUGAUGAUUCACUGCCCCUAGUGCACCGACAAGGCCUUGGAGCUAGUCUAGUGUUGGAUCGGGAUGAUGAGCAGUCCGAGCCUUUAAUUUCGAAUGGCCGCAGCCUUGUCUCUGAUUAUUCCGAAACACGGCCCAAAGUCCGCCUUUGGUACGGCCCUUUCAAGCUACGAUAUCGAUCUAUCGAUGCAAUCGAUUAUUACGAGGAGAAACUGCGCAGGAUUGAUGACAGGAUCCAGGACGCCCGGAAAAAGGACUACCCUCCAACUGAGCUUGCCUUUGUGACUAUGGAGUCUAUUGCUGCUUCACAAAUGCUGGUUCAGGCUACUUUGGAUCCUCACCCGAUGCAACUGUUCGCUCGCCUUGCACCGGCACCCGCAGAUGUGGUCUGGAAAAACACAUAUGUUCCGCGGUCGAGACGUGUGAUGCAGUCCUGGUUCAUCACGGGUGUCAUUGGAUUCCUCACGGUCUUCUGGUCGGUUCUCUUGAUUCCAGUCGCUUAUCUGCUGGAGAUCGAAACGCUGCAUAAAGUGUUUCCGCAGCUCGCCGACGCCCUAUCCGAACAUCCUCUCGCUAAAUCGCUAGUCCAAACUGGUCUGCCAACCUUGGUCCUCUCUCUGUUGACCGUUGCUGUCCCAUACCUGUAUAACUGGCUGUCGGGUUUCCAAGGCAUGAUGUCUCGCGGCGAAGUCGAGCUGUCCGUGAUCUCCAAGAACUUUUUCUUCUCCUUCUUCAAUCUGUUUCUUGUCUUCACCGUCUUCGGGACGGCAACGAAUUUCUACGGUUUAUGGGAGAAUCUUCGGGAUGCGUUCAAAGACGCGACAACGAUCGCCUUUGCCCUCGCCAAAUCAUUAGAGAAUCUCUCGCCUUUCUACAUCAAUUUCCUGGUGCUGCAAAGCCUUGGUCUUUUCCCAUUCCGUCUUCUCGAAUUUGGCAGUGUGGCCAUGUAUCCGAUCCACUUUCUCUCUGCGAAAACACCCCGCGACUAUGCUGAGUUGCAAACACCCCCUACGUUCAGCUACGGCUAUUCCAUCCCCCAGACGAUUCUCAUUCUUGUGAUCUGCGUGGUAUACAGUGUCUUUCCAAGUUCGUGGUUGAUUUGUCUAUUUGGCCUGGUGUAUUUCACCGUCGGCAAAUUCAUCUACAAGUAUCAGCUCCUAUACGCCAUGGACCACCAGCACCAUUCGACAGGCCGUGCCUGGCCGAUAAUUUGCAACCGAUUCUUCGGCGGGUUGGUCGUCUUCCAGUUGGCGAUGAUUGGGGUUCUGGCUCUGCGCAAAGCCAUCACACGGUCGUUGCUCUUGGUCCCCCUUCUCGCCAUGACGGUGUGGUUCACGUACUGGUUUUCCAACACCUACGAACCGCUGAUGAAGUUCAUCGCGUUGAAGGCGAUUGAUCGAACCGUGCCCGGGGGGGGAGAAAUCUCACCAUCCCCCUCGUCGACUUUCUCCCCACCUGCUGGCCUCGACCGGGACUUUCUCCCGCUCCGCAUCGGGGGGCAAGAGCUUGGUCUGCGGUUGAAGAAAUACAUGAACCCGAGCCUCAUUCUGCCCUUGCAUGAUGCGUGGAUUCCUGGUCAGCCGACCCCGGACGAAACCUCUCGUUCCCUAUAUGACAGCCAGGAGCCGUCUCCUUAG